UGAAGAGACCGAAGAAGGCUUAUUGUUUACGACAAGGUUUCGAAGAUUUCAGUCAUGGAAAAAAAUUCCAGAGAACGGGAGUUAAGAUCUGAGCAAAUAGUGGACUAAUAUUGGUCUUAACCUUGUCGGUUAAAGCGAUGUAAUAAAUUGUAACGUCUUGUUGUUGAUUCUUUACUUAAUUCUACUUAAAUUUACUUAAAAUUUCACGGUCUGUUUUAUUACGGCUCAUUUGGUUGUGUGAUUGUGCUGAAAGAAAACUUUCACAAAAUGUCAAAACCCAUCGAAAAACCCAAGAACAAAUUCUCUUUAAAAACCCAACUCUUCCGUCGGAUUCGCAUCCUGCAAUGGCUUCCGAAGUACACAAAAUCCGACAUAGUGGCAGACUUCAUAGCCGGACUCACAGUAGGCCUCACCAUGAUGCCCCAAUCCAUAGCCUACGCAAACUUGGCAGGCCUCGCGGCACAAUACGGCCUCUACACCGCCUUCAUCGGCUCCUUCACCUACGUCUUCUUCGGAACCAUCAAAGAAGUCUCCAUCGGCCCCACUAGCUUAAUGGCGCUGCUAACUUUCUCGUACACCGAAGACCUCCCCGUCGAAUACGUCAUCCUCCUCACCUUUCUGUGCGGCUGCGUGGAGUUCCUCAUGGGAGUCCUCAAACUAGGGUUCUUGGUGGAUUUCAUCUCCCCGUGUGUGACUUCGGGCUUCACCUCCGCCAUGUCCGUCACCAUCGUCACCUCGCAGCUCAAGAACCUCCUCGGCUUGCGCAAACUCACCAACCACGGCUUCUUCGACGUGUGGCACAAGAUCUUCGUCCGCUACCGCGAAAUCCGCCUCCCGGACACCCUCCUCGGCUUCGCCUGCAUCGCCUUCCUCUUCGCCUUCAAGCAGCUCCCCAACAUCCGCACCCACAACCCCGUCGUCAAGAAAACCCUCUGGCUGCUCUCGAUUUCCAAGAACGCCCUCGUCGUCCUGCUGACUUCGCUCGUCGCUUUCUACCUCCACGAGUACGGCGACGGCUCGCCCUUCGUGCUGUCCGGCGCCGUCCCCUCGGGCCUGCCCAGCGUGCACCCGCCCCCCUUCAGCUCCCAGAACGGUAACCACACCGUCUCGUUUUUCGAAAUGGUGCAAACUCUGGGUUCCAGCAUCGUCGUGCUCCCCAUCGCCGCCGUGCUGGCCAACGUGGCCAUAGCCAAGUCGUUCGCGAGCGGAGUAAUUGUGGACGCUACGCAAGAGAUGAUGACGCUGGGGCUUUGUAACGUCUUCGGGGCGUUCGUGCAGGCGAUGCCCAGCUGCGGGGCGUUCACCAGGUCGGCGGUGGCGAGCAGCAGCGGGGUGCGCACCCCGCUACAGGGGGUCUACUCGGGGACGGUUAUCCUGCUGGCGCUGAGUUUCCUGACCCCGUAUUUCUACUACAUUCCGAGGUCGACGCUGGCGGCGGUUUUGAUAGCGGCGAUUGUGACGAUGUUUGAUUACAAAAUCUUUCCCAAGCUCUGGAAGUGUAGCAAAUUCGAUUUUGUUUUGACGCUUUCUACACUGAUAGUAGGAGUUUGCUAUGGCGUGGAAAUCGGGAUUAUCGCAGGAGGGCUUAUGAAUUUGCUGAUUUUGCUUAAAGCGUGGGCGAGGCCACAAAUUCUGAAGGAAAUUCGUCUAGACCACCACGGAAACCAAUACAUUUACAUAAAACCCGAAAUUGGUCUAUACUACGCCGCCACCGACCACCUCACCACCACCAUCCUCGAAGCUUACAACAUCACCAACAACCUCCCCAUCGUCUUGGACUGUUCGAAUGUCAUCCGGGUGGACUACGCCGCCUGCGAAACUAUCGACCACCUUGUCAAAACCUUCCACAAAAAGGGUCAAGUGGUGUCGCUCCUCAACGUCCGGCCUGACAUCUUCAGGAUACUGAGAGCCACGAUUGACUUUCACAACUUGAGGAUUUGCCAGAAGAGCGUCGAAGACCUCAAUCUGACCGAAUCCGAGGCCCCCUUGAUCGCCCCGCCCCCACAGGAAAGAAAACUGUCUUACUACGAUAAUGUUUAAAUUGUGAUAUAUUUAUUAUUCGUAACAUAAGUUUAAAUAAAAUAAAGACUUAUUGGCCACAAA